AUGCCUCUGCCCUUCUCGUCGCACGCGCCGCUCACUGUGUUUCCCAUUCUCUCCCCUCAAUCCUACCAAUCUUCUCAUUCCGCCAACCACUCCUCUCCCACCCCACCCACCCCGCCCCUCUCCCUCCUUCCGCGUUUCCCCGGCCAUCUGAACUUACUUGCAUCCCCUGGGUGCUCGCGAGUGGCGCAGCUGCCGGUGUACGCGUUUGUGUCGCUGGGGUGCUACGCCGUGGGCGCGCUGGGGUACGGGCUUAUGCGCUUCCCCACCUGCCCGCACGAGGGCGCGCUGCUGCGCCAGGACAUAGUGGAGGCCAAGGAGUAUCUCUCAAAGCACGGCCUGCAAUAG